GAGGAUCUCAAGAUGGCGUCGAGUGGAGGAGAUGGAGAACCUGAGUGGACCGCAGCCGUACGGCCACUUUUAUCAGCGUCCUACACGGCUUUCGAAACGAAAGAGCUACCUCAGCUUAUAGGAUCCAUCAUAAACAGUGAAUCUGAGAUUCUUCACCAUGACAAACAGUAUGAGCCAUUCUACUCCUCUUUUGUGGCACUAUCUGCACAUUACAUCACCACAGUUUGUGGACAAAUCCCCAGAAAUCAGUUGCUGUCAGUAGCUGCAGCAUGUAAAGUAUUGAUUGAAUUCUCAUUGCUCCGUCUGGAGAAUCCUGAUGAAGCAUGUGCAGUCUCACAGAAGCACCUGAUCCUCUUAAUAAAAGGCCUUUGUACUGGCUGCAGUCGUUUGGAUCGAACAGAGAUCAUCACCUUCACUGCGAUGAUGAAGUCAGCUAAACUACCCCAAACUGUUAAGACCCUUUCUGAUGUGGAGGACCAGAAGGAGCUUCCCUCCCCUGUUAACCCUGAACUCAGACAAAAAGAAGUCCAAAUGAACUUUUUCAAUCAGCUGACCUCAGUCUUUAACCCUGACAUUACCGUGCUGGCCUCUCCAUCCGCUCACAUGCAGGGUGAGAAUGAGUGUGAUGACCAGACAACAACAGAUCAGGCAACGCAGGCCAAAAUGAAGAAUGCCUUCAUCUCUCAAAAUGUGUCCAGUUUACAGGAAUUAGGGGGCUCAGAGAAGUUGCUGCGCGUGUGCCUCAACCUUCCCUACUUCUUACGGUAUAUCAACCGCUUCCAGGAUGCGGUAUCCGCCAACUCUUUCUUCAUCAUGCCGGCCACCGUGGCAGAUGCCACCGCUGUCCGAAAUGGUUUUCACUCCCUGGUGAUUGAUGUGACCAUGGCCUUGGACACACUUUCCUUGCCUGUACUGGAGCCUUUGACCCCUGGGAGACUACUUGAUGUGACUGUGUUAGCACUAAGCUGCCUCUAUGCAGGUGUGAGUGUGGCAACUUGCAUGGCCAUACUGCAGGUGGGCAGCGGGUUGCAGCUUCGUGCGGCCUCCACUGGCUCCAAGGAGGAAGACUAUGAAAACGACGCUGCUACCAUCGUGCAGAAAUGUCUGGAAAUCUAUGAGAUGAUUGGACAGGCCAUCAGUAACUCUCGCAGAGCUGGAGGAGAGCAUUAUCAGAACUUUCAGCUCUUGGGCGCCUGGUGCCUGUUGAACAGCCUGUAUUUGAUACUGAACCUGAGCCCCACGGCCCUGGCUGAUAAAGGGAAGGAGAAAGAUCCCCUGGCAGCACUACGGGUCCGAGACAUCGCCACCCGAACCAAGGACGGAGCAGGAUCUCCUAAACUUGGCCCAGGGAAAGGGCACCAAGGUUUUGGGGUUCUGUCAGUCAUUUUGGCCAAUCAUUCAAUCAAGCUGCUCACGUCACUGUUCCAAGACUUACAAGUUGAGGCUCUUCACAGAGGCUGGGCCAGUGACGGGCCUCCAGCAGAGCUGAACAUCAUGGCCCAGAGCACGUCCAUACAGAGAGUGCAGAGACUCAUUGACUCGGUCCCUCUCACCAACCUGCUCUUCACGCUGCUCUCCACCUCCUAUAAAAAGGCAUGUGUGCUGCAGCGGCAGAGGAAGGGUUCGGUCAGCAGUGACGCCAGUGCCUCCACUGACUCCAACACUUACUAUGAAGAUGACUUCAGCAGCACAGAAGAGGACAGCAGUCAAGCAGAGAGAAGACAGGAGAGGACAAGAGCAGCUUGUUUCUCAGAUGAUGAUAGUGAGCCUAUUCUGGGGCUGUGGUUUGAAGAGACUAUUUCUCCCAGUAAAGAGAAGGUGGCACCUCCACCUCCUCCUCCACCCCCACCUCUCGAAACAUCCCCGAGACUCAAGAGCCCCAGCAAGCUGAACACGGCAGAGAACGGCAACAUUCUGGCUAGCCGCAAGGACCCGGAGUUGUUUUUGAGUUUAGCCUCAAGCAUACUGAACUUCAUCACCACCUCCAUGCUGAAAUCCAGAAACAAUUUCAUCCGCAACUACCUGAGCGUGUCUCUCACAGAGCAGCACAUGGCCACCCUCGCCAGCAUCAUCAAAGAUGUCGACAAAGAUGUCAAAGGUUCCUCUGAUGAAGAGUUUGCCUCAGCCCUCUAUCACUUUAAUCACUCUCUGGUAACAUCAGAUCUGCCCUCUCCAUCCCUACAGAACACUCUUCUGCAGCAAUUGGGUGUUGCCCCAUUCUCAGAGGGUCCCUGGCCCAUGUACAUCCAUCCUCAGUCCCUCUCAGUGCUCUCCAGGUUACUGCUGAUCUGGCAGCAUAAAGCCAGCCAGCAGGGGGAGCCUGAUGUACCUGAGUGCAUGAAGGUCUGGGAAAGGUUUGUGGGCACUCUAAAACAGCACACACUACAGGGAGCAGUGCCUGCUGACGAGGACCUCAACGUUGAACACCUUCAGCUGCUUCUGCUCAUCUUUCACAACUUCUCUGAAAAGGGUCGCCGCAACGUCCUCACCCUCUGCAUGCAGGCCAUCGCUGAAAUUGCUGCCCAUGUGGAUUCUCAGCUUCAGGCUGUACCUCUCAACCUGGCCCGCAUCUUGCUUGUGUUCGACUACCUGCUGCACCAGUACUCAAAAGCUCCCAUGUACUUGUUUGAGCAGGUUCAGUACAAUCUUCUGACACCACUGUCAUCUGGGGCAAGUUCAGGACAGGAGGGAGGAAAGAGAGGUGCCGUCCCGCUUUAUUAUGGUUUCAAAGAGGUGGAAGAGAACUGGGCCAAGCACUGCUCGGCAGGUAGGAAUUCCACAGUGCAGCCGAAAUUCUACUGCGUUCUGUCCCCUGAAGCCUCGGAGGAUGACAGGAGUCGACUUGACGGCAAGGCCUUUCAAGUGCUGUUCAAUGGCGCGGUAAAGUAUGACGACUUGUACUCCUCUCUGAUCUCCCUGCUGGCUGCUGGAUCCCGCUUUGACACAGCAAGACGGCAAGAAAACAAGCCUAUCACCCCAGUAGAAGCAUGUUCCUUGCAGUACUACUUCCUGAUGCUGUGGAAGAUCCUGGGAGUGCUGCCACCCUCAAAAGCUUAUGUUGAGCAGCUUAAAAGUGGCAACAGUGACCCCAGUGAGAGUGACAUCUUACACACCCUAAGAUGGUCAUCAAGGUUACGAGUCAGUACCUACGUCAACUGGAUCAAGGAGCACCUAGUGAAACAGGGAAUGAAAGCUGACCACGCCACAUCUCUGAUCGAAGUGGCCUCAGCCAAAUGCUGUGCGGUGAAAUAUGAUGUGGAGCUCGCAGAGGAAUACAUCGCCAGACAGAUUUCAUCAUUUUGCUGCGUGGACCCCAACAGCAUCCUACCUCUUCACCAAGUACCCUCUCUACAAACCAUCUACACAUUGGAUGCUGUGAUUUCCAAAGUGCAAGUGUCUUUAGAUGAGCAUUUCUCCAAAGUAGCUGCUGAUACAGACCCCAACAAAUCCUCAGAGAUCACCAAAAACCUGCUGCCCGCAACGCUGCAGCUCAUUGACGUCUACACAGCCUUCACCAGGUCAUACCUGCUGAUGAGCCUGCCAGAAGAAGGAGAAAACAAACCCACCGAAGCUAAACUGCAAGGUUAUGCUGCUGUGUUGUCCAUCGGAUCCACUCGCUGCAAAGCCAAUUUGCUUGGUCAGACCGUAAUGCAGAAUCUGCCAUCAGCUGUUCAGACACUGUGUGAAACAUGGAACAACAUUCACACCAAUGAAUUCCCUAACUUUGGCUCAUGGCGGAAUGCCUUUGCCAACGACACCAUCCCUUCGGAAAGUUACAUCAGCGCCAUUCAGGCUGCCCACCUGGGAACCCUCAGCAACCAAUCGCUACCCUUAGCCUCUUCGCUCAAACACAUUCUGCUGUCACUGGUGCGCCUCACUGGGGACCUCAUUGUCACAGAGGAGCUGAACAGUCCACAGGUGAUCCGCACGCUACUGCCCCUCCUGCUGGAGAGCAGCACAGAGUGCGUGGCGGAGAUCUGCAGCACUUCGCUGGAGAGGAUCCUGGGUCCUGCCGAAUCAGACGCUUUCCUGGCACUCGUCUACGAGCGCCUCAUUACAGGCUGCUACAACAUUAUUGCCAAUCACUCGGACCCCAACAGUGGUCUGGACGAGUCCAUUCUUGAAGAAUGUCUACAGUACUUAGAGAAACAGCUGGAAAGCAUUCAGGUCCGCAAAGCAAUGGAGGAAUUUUUCUCAUUCAGUGGAGAAUUGGUGCAGAUCAUGAUGGCCACCGCCAAUGAGAAUCUCUCUGCGAAGUUCUGUAACCGGGUUCUGAAAUUCUUCACCAAACUGUUCCAGCUCACGGAAAAGAGCCCCAAUCCCAGCCUUCUGUGCUUGUGUGGCUCGCUAGCCCAGCUGGCUUGUGUGGAGCCCACGAGGCUACAGGCCUGGCUGAGGCGCAUGACGGCCUCCCCUCCUAAAGAUUCGGACCAGCUGGACACAGUGCAAGAGAACAGGCAGCUUCUGCAACUCCUCACCUCCUACAUUGUCCGUGAUAACAGCCAGGUGGGCGAGGGCGUCUGCACUGUGCUUCUGAGCACUCUUGUACCCAUGGCAACGGAGAUGCUGGCCAGCGGGGAUGGGGCGGGCUUUCCUGAGCUCAUGGUCAUCAUGGCCACUCUAGCCAGUGCAGGACAAGGAGCAGGACAUCUACAGCUACACAGAGCUGCCAUUGACUGGCUCACGAGGUGUAAAAAAUACUUGUAUCAGAAGAACGUUGUGGAAAAAGUUACAGCCAAUGUGUCACAAGGCAAGCAUGCCAGCAUGCUGGAGUGUGCCUGCCACAUCAUUUCCUACCUGGCAGAUGUGAUGAACGCUUUGAGGCAGAGCAGCGGCCAGGGCUCGUCCCAGCUCCUGAUGGAGGGAGAGGAGAAGGCCAUUGAAGUUGACUCUGACUGGGUGGAGGAGCUGGCAGUAGAGGAGGAAGACUCACAAGCUGAAGACUCGGAUGAGGAUUCACUCUGCAAUAAGCUAUGCACCUUCACCAUCACACAAAAGGAGUUCAUGAACCAGCACUGGUAUCACUGUCACACCUGUAAGAUGGUGGAUGGGGUAGGUGUGUGCACAGUGUGUGCCAAGGUCUGUCACAAAGACCAUGAGAUCUCCUAUGCCAAAUACGGCUCUUUCUUCUGUGACUGCGGUGCCAAGGAGGAUGGCAGCUGCCAGGUGAGACCGAAUACUUCAGGUCAUCAUGGGAAAAGAGCAACUGCGGCUCUAGUGAAAAGAAGUCCCAGCAGUGGAAUGAGCUCCACCAUGAAGGAGUCCUCGGCGUUCCAGAGCGAGCUGCGUAUGCCGGAGAGCGCCAUUCGCCACCAGAGCUCCUCACCCGCAGACAAGGGAAAAGUCACCAUCUGUGACGGCAAAAGCAGCGACGACGACAAACCCAAGAAGAGCAGCGUGUGUAAAAACAUUGAAGGCUGCAGAGAGGAUCUGCUCGUCCAAGUGGCGAGCUCCUCCACAGCAGCCCUGGUGUUGGAGUUGCUCAUUUUCCUAAUGGACGCCAUUCAGACCAAUUUCCAGCAGGCAUCGGCGGUGGGCAGCAGCAGCCGGGCUCAGCACGCUCUUAAUGAAUUACACACUCAAGACAAGAUGGUUGAGAUGACAGACCAGCUCAUGGUUCCCACGCUGGGCUCACAAGAGGGUGCUUUUGAGAACGUCAGGAUGAACUACAGUGGAGAUCAAGGACAGACCAUCCGCCAGCUCAUCAGCGCUCAUGUGCUGCGUCGGGUGGCCAUGUGUGUGCUGUCGUCUCCUCACGGACGCAGACAGCACCUCGCUGUCAGCCAUGAGAAGGGCAAGAUCACGGUCCUGCAGUUGUCUGCGCUGUUGAAGCAGGCUGACUCCAGUAAGAGGAAACUGACUCUGACUCGCCUGGCCUCCGCUCCAGUACCAUUCACAGUGCUCAGCCUCACAGGAAACCCCUGUAAUGAAGACUAUCUGGCAGUGUGUGGACUCAAGGACUGCCAUGUUCUGACAUUCAGCAGCACAGGCUCUGUCUCUGAUCACUUAGUCCUGCAUCCUCAGCUCGCCACUGGAAAUUUCAUCAUCAAGGCCAUUUGGCUUCCUGGAUCACAGACUGAAUUGGCUAUCAUCACUGCUGAUUUUGUCAAGAUUUAUGACUUAUCUGUGGAUGCCCUGAGCCCCAUGUACUACUUCCUGUUACCAAGUUCAAAGAUCAGAGAUGCCACAUUCCUGUUCAACGAGGAGGGCAAAAACAUCAUUGUGAUCAUGUCCUCAGCUGGCUACAUGUACACUCAGAUGAUGGACGAGUCCAGCAGUGCCCAGCACGGCCCUUUCUAUGUCACCAACGUUUUGGAGAUCAACCACGAGGACCUGAAGGACAGUAAUGGCCAGGUGGCUGGAGGCGGAGUCUCUGUGUAUUACUCCCACGUCCUGCAGAUGCUCUUCUUCAGCUACAGUCAGGGCAAGUCAUUCGCUGCCACAGUGAGCUGUGGCAACAUGGAAACAAGGAGACUCUUUACCAUCAAUGUCAAAGGAUCUAAUGGAGGUAGUAAGACGUCUCCAGCACUCUGUCAGUGGUCAGAAGUGAUGAACCACCCAGGUUUGGUGUGCUGUGUCCAGCAGACCACAGGAAUCCCUCUGGUCAUCAUGGUAAAACCAGACACGUUCCUCAUCCAGGAGAUCAAAACUCUGCCUGCAAAAGCAAAGAUUCAAGACAUGGUUGCGAUCCGUCACACUGCAAGCAACGAGCAGCAGCGCACCACCAUGAUACUGCUGUGUGAAGAUGGCAGCCUUCGCAUAUACAUGGCCAACGUGGAGAACACAUCCUAUUGGCUCCAGCCUUCCCUUCAGCCUAGCAGUGUGAUCAGCAUCAUGAAACCUGUCCGCAAGCGCAAGGCAGCCACGGCCACCACACGCACAUCCAGCCAAGUUACUUUCCCUGUAGACUUUUUUGAGCACAAUCAACAGCUGACAGAGGUGGAGUUUGGAGGCAAUGACCUGCUGCAGGUCUACAACGGCCAACAGAUCAAACACCGCCUGAACUCUACAGGGAUGUAUGUGGCCAACACCAAGCCUGGAGGUUUCACAGUGGAAGUAGUAAACAAUAACAACUCAAUGGUGAUGACUGGGAUGAGGGUGCAGGUUGGCACUCAGGCUAUUGAGCGAGCUCCCUCCUACAUUGAAAUCUUUGGACGCACCAUGCAGUUGAACCUGACCCGUUCCCGCUGGUUUGACUUCCCUUUCACUCGUGAGGAAGCCCUUCAGGCAGACAAGAAGCUCUCCAUUUUCAUUGGUGCUUCAGUCGAUCCAGCAGGUGUCACCAUGCUGGACUCCAUUAAGAUAUAUGGCAAAACCAAAGAGCAGUUCGGCUGGCCAGAUGAGCCUCCGGAGGACUUCCCUUCAGCUGCCGUCAACAACGUGUGCAGCCCCAACCUAAACCAGGGCAACGGCACCGGAGACAGUGACAUCACCAGCCCCAUCACAACAAGUGGCACUGUAUUGGAGAGUUGUGAAACUGAGUCCUUAUCAGCCUUGGACCGGUUGGUGGUCAGCUCAUUGGAAGCUCUAGAGAGCUGCUUUGCUGUGGGAUCCCCCAAUGAAAAGGAGAAAAAUAAAGUAGCAGCUCUAGAGUUGGCCACUCUCCUCCUGUCCAUCCCCACUCCUGCUGGGGUACAACAGCAAACCAAAGGCCUUUUGGCUAGCCUGCACACCAGCCGCACAGCCUACCACAACCACAAGGAUCAGUCUCUGCUGAGCAAUGCAGUGCAGUGUCUGAACAGCUGCAGUAAAGAAGGGAAGGAGCUGGAUCCUGAUGUAUUCCAGAGGCUGGUGAUUACAGCCCGCUCCAUCGCUAUUAUGAGACCCAACAACCUUGUGCACUUCACAGAGUCCAGACUGCCUCCAUCAGACACUGAUGUGGGUGAUGAUGGGAAGGAUGGACUGAAACAAGCUGAUACUGACAGCUGUAGCUUCAUCAUGCAGCUGGUCACUAACUUCUGGAAGCUUCAUGCUCUCAAACCCAAGAAUGCAUUUUUGGCUCCCGCCUGUUUGCCAGGUCUAACUCACAUUGAAGCCACAGUCAAUGCACUGGUUGAUAUCAUUCACGGUUACUGCACAUGUGAGCUGGAUUACAUCAAUGUGGCAUCUAAAAUCUACAUGCAGAUGCUGCUCUGCCCUGACACCUCUGUGAGCUUUGCUUGCAAACAGGCUCUGAUUAGAGUUUUGAGACCCAGAAACAAACGCAGACAUGUGACCUUACCUUCUCCCCCACGCUCCAACACGCCCAUGGGAGAUAAAGAUGAUGAUGAUGACGACGAUGCUGAUGAGAAGAUGCAACCAUCUAACAUGACGGGAGGGGAAGGUGGCAGGCAAGAGAGUCAAGAGCAAAGCGAGGUGGACCACGGAGACUUUGAGAUGGUGUCUGAAUCUAUGGUCCUGGAGACGGCAGAGAAUGUGAACAAUGGAAACCCUUCUCCUCUUGAAGCUCUGCUGGCAGGGGCGGAGGGCUUCCCACCCAUGCUGGACAUCCCACCAGACGCUGAUGAUGAGACCAUGGUGGAGCUGGCUAUAGCUCUCAGUCUGCAACAAGACCAGCAAGGCAGCAGCAGCAGUGCUUUGGGUCUACAGAGUCUGGGUCUAUCCGGCCAGGCCCCAAGUUCCUCAUCUUUGGACGCAGGAACCCUUUCAGACACUACUGCAUCAGCUCUGGUUAUGCUUUCAGCCCCAGCCUCGGAUGAUGAGGGUAGCACAGCGGCCACAGAUGGCUCCACGCUGCGCACCUCUCCCGCCGAGCACGGGGGCAGUGUGGGCUCCGAGAGCGGCGGCAGCGCCAUUGACUCAGUUGCAGGAGAACACAAUGUGUCUGGCCGCAGCAGUGCUUAUGGGGACACGACUGUUGAAGGACACCCUGCAGGACCUGGCAGUGUGAGCUCCAGCACGGGGGCCAUCAGCACCACCACGGCCCAGCAUGAAGGAGACGGAUCAGAGGGUGAAGGAGAGACAGAGGGCGACAUACACACCAGCAACAGGUUGCACAUGGUGCGUUUGAUGCUCUUGGAGCGUCUCUUGCAGCACCUGUCCCAGCUUCACACUGUAGGUGGAGUUCAAGCUAUCCCCUACAUGCAGGUCAUCCUCAUGCUGACCACAGAUCUGGACGGAGAGGACGAGAAAGACAAGGGAGCACUGGACGACCUUCUGGCCCAGCUCAUCGCCGAGCUCGGCAUGCACAAGAAGGAUGUUUCAAAGAAGAAUGAGCGCAGCUCCAUAAAUGAGGUGCACCUGGUCAUUAUGAGGCUCCUCAGUGUCUUCAUGUCCCGCACCAAGUCUGGCUCAAAAUCCUCCUCUGAGUCGUCUUCUCUCAUCUCCAACGCAACAGCCACCGCUCUGCUCAGCAUGGGAGCGAUAGACUACUGCCUGCAUGUGCUCAAAUCUCUGCUGGAGUUCUGGAAGACUCAGCAGGGCGAGGAGGAGCCGACAGCCACCAGUCAGCUCCUGAAACCCCACACUUCCUCCUCACCCCCAGACAUGAGCCCCUUCUUCCUGCGCCAGUAUGUCAAGGGCCACGCUGCUGAUGUGUUUGAAGCGUACUCUCAGCUCCUCACCGAGAUGGUUCUCCGACUGCCGUACCAGAUUAAGAAAAUCGCAGACGCCAACCCGCGCAUCCCACCGCCAAUCUUUGAUCACUCCUGGUUCUAUUUUCUGUCAGAGUAUCUGAUGAUCCAGCAGACGCCAUUCGUGAGGCGACAAGUGAGGAAGCUCCUGCUGUUCAUCUGCGGAUCCAAAGAGAAGUACCGUCAACUCAGAGACCUCCACACACUUGACUCUCACGUGCGGGGCAUCAAGAAGCUUCUGGAGGAGCAGGGCAUCUUCCUGAGGGGAGGAAUCGUCACUGCGUCAUCUGGCUCCGCUUUACAGUAUGAUACACUCAUCAGUCUGAUGGAGCAUCUUAAAGCAUGUGCUGAAAUAGCCACUCAGAGGACGAUCAACUGGCAGAAGUUCUGCAUGAAGGAUGACUCGGUGUUGUACUUCCUGCUUCAAGUAAGUUUCCUGGUGGAUGAGGGUGUUUCUCCAGUCCUGCUGCAGCUGCUCUCUUGUGCCUUAUGUGGCAGUAAAGUCCUGGCGGCUUCCUCCUCUGGAGCUUCAGGUGGAGGUUCUGGAGGAUCAUCUCAACCCUCUCAGAGCAAAUCCUCCAGCAAGAAGAGCAAAAAAGAAGACAAAGAAAAGGACAAAGAAGGAGAUGGAGCUGGCAGUCAGGAAGAUCAGCUAUGUACGGCUCUGGUCAGUCAGCUUAAUAAAUUUGCAGAUAAGGAGACACUUAUUCAGUUCCUGCGUUGCUUCCUGCUCGAGUCCAACUCUUCAUCUGUGCGCUGGCAAGCCCACUGCCUCACGCUGCAUAUCUACAGGAACUCAAACAAAUCCCAGCAGGAGUUGCUGCUCGACCUGAUGUGGGCCAUUUGGCCAGAACUACCCGCUUAUGGUCGUAAAGCAGCUCAGUUUGUCGACCUGCUCGGAUACUUCUCCCUCAAAACACCUCAGACGGAAAAGAAGCUGAAGGAAUACUCUCAGAAGGCUGUAGAAAUUUUGAGGGCACAGAACCACAUUCUAACCAAUCAUCCCAAUUCAAACAUAUACAACACCCUGUCUGGACUGGUGGAAUUUGAUGGAUUUUACCUGGAGAGUGAUCCUUGCUUGGUGUGCAACAAUCCUGAAGUGCCCUUCUCUAACAUCAAACUCUCAUCCAUCAAAGUGGACACACGUUACACCACCACUCAGCAAGUGGUGAAACUGAUUGGCAGCCACACUAUCAGCAAAGUCACUGUGAAGAUUGGCGAUCUCAAGAGAACCAAGAUGGUUCGCACAAUCAACCUCUACUACAACAACAGAACCGUACAAGCCAUUGUAGAACUAAAGAACAAACCUGCUCGUUGGCACAAAGCUAAGAAGGUGCAGUUGACCCCUGGCCAAACUGAAGUGAAGAUUGACCUCCCUCUCCCCAUUGUGGCCUCCAACCUGAUGAUUGAAUUCUCUGAUUUCUAUGAGAACUACCAAGCGUCUACGGAGACCCUGCAGUGUCCUCGUUGCAGCGCCUCUGUACCGGCCAACCCUGGGGUCUGUGGCAACUGUGGAGAGAAUGUGUAUCAGUGCCACAAAUGCAGAUCCAUUAAUUAUGAUGAAAAGGACCCAUUCCUAUGCAACGCCUGCGGUUUCUGUAAAUAUGCACGCUUUGACUUCAUGCUGUAUGCAAAACCCUGCUGUGCUGUGGAUCCUAUAGAAAAUGAAGAAGAUAGGAAAAAGGCUGUGACCAACAUCAACACUCUACUCGACAAGGCUGACCGUGUUUACCACCAGCUCAUGGGUCACCGGCCACAGCUGGAGAGUCUGUUGUCCAAAGUAAAUGAGGCUGCACCUGAGAAACCACAGGAUGAUACUGGAGCAGGCGCUGGUCUUGGUACCUCUACUGCCAGUGUCAAUCGGUACAUUCAGCAGCUGGCACAGGAAUACAGCGGAGACUGCAAGACUUCAUUCGAUGAGCUCUCCAAAAUCAUCCAGAAAGUGCUUGCAUCGCGUAAGGAGCUUUUGGAGUAUGACCUGCAACAGCGGGAAGCUGCUACCAAAUCGUCCCGCACCUCCGCACAACCCACCUUCACAGCUAGCCAGUAUCGAGCCCUGUCUGUGCUGGGAUGCGGAUACACAUCCUCCACCAAAUGUUACGGCUGUGCGUCUGCAGUCACGGGCCACUGCAUCACUCUACUGCGCGCACUGGCAACCAACACAGCCAUCAGGCAGAUCCUGGUACUGCAAGGUCUCAUCCGAGAGCUGUUUGAAUACAACCUGCGUCGUGGCACUGGAGCCAUGAGGGAAGAAGUCCGCCAGCUCGUCUGCUUGCUUACCAGGGAUCACCCAGAAGCAACACAGCAGAUGAACGAUCUUAUUAUUGCCAAGGUGUCAGCUGCCCUUAAAGGUCACUGGGCCAACCCUGAUCUGGUCAGUAGUUUGCAGUAUGAAAUGCUGCUUCUUACAGACUCCAUUGCUAAGGAAGGAGGAUGCUGGGAGCUCAGACUUCGCUGUGCGCUGAGUCUGUUCUUGAUGGCCGUGAAUAUAAAGACCCCUGUGGUGGUGGAGAACAUUACACUGAUGUGCCUGAGGAUCCUGCAGAAACUCAUCAAACCUCCUGCCCCAACAAGCAAGAAAAACAAGGAUGCUGCCGUCGAAUCCCUAACAACAGUCAAGCCAUACAACAACGAGAUUCACGCACAGGCUCAGCUCUGGCUCAAAAAAGACCCCAAGGCAUCUUACGAAGCCUGGAAAAAGUGCCUUCCUGCUAGAUCAGGUCAGGAAACAGUCUCUAAACCUUUGAAUAAGGCUGAGAUCAGGAGGCAGUACCUGAUGGAGAAGUACGUGUGGAAGUGGAAGCAGUUCAUGAGGUCCAGAACAGAGGGCUUGUUCCCUCGCCUGCUCAAACUGGGUCAUAACAACUGGCUGAGACAAGUGCUCUUCACCCCAGCCACCCAGGCAGCAAGGCAGGCGGCUUGCACCAUCGUUGAAGCUCUAACAACAAUCCCCAGCCGCAAACAGCAAGUUCUGGACCUUCUAACAAGUUAUCUGGAUGAGCUGAGCAUUGCAGGAGAGUGUGCUGCAGAGUACCUGGCUUUAUACCAGAAGCUCAUCAAACCUGCUCACUGGAAGGUUUACCUGGCUGCCCGUGGUGUCCUACCUUACAUUGGCAACCUCAUCACCAAGGAAAUUGCUCAUCUUCUCGCUCUUGAAGAAGCCACACUGAGCACAGACUUGCAGCAGGGAUAUGCCCUCAAGAGCUUGACAGGCUUGCUGUCCUCAUUCGUGGAGGUGGAGUCCAUUAAGCGUCACUUUAAGAGUCGGUUGGUUGGCACUGUCCUUAACGGCUACCUGUGCCUGAGAAAGUUGGUGGUCCAGAGAACCAAACUGAUUGAUGAGACCCAAGACAUGCUGCUGGAGAUGUUGGAAGACAUGACUACAGGGACGGAGUCUGAGACCAAAGCAUUUAUGGCUGUGUGCAUUGAAACUGCAAAGCGGUACAAUCUGGAUGACUAUCGCACCCCUGUCUUCAUCUUCGAGAGGUUAUGUAGCAUCAUAUAUCCGGAGGAGAAUGAGGUGACCGAGUUCUUUGUUACGCUGGAGAAAGACCCACAACAGGAGGACUUCCUGCAGGGCCGUAUGCCAGGAAACCCAUAUAGUAGUAAUGAGCCAGGCAUUGGCCCUCUCAUGAGGGACAUCAAGAACAAAAUCUGCCAGGAUUGCGAUCUUGUGGCACUACUGGAGGACGACAGCGGCAUGGAGCUACUUGUGAAUAACAAGAUCAUUAGUUUGGAUCUGUCUGUUGCUGAGGUCUAUAAGAAGGUUUGGUGCCCAACCAAUGAGGGUGAGCCCAUGAGGAUCAUCUACAGAAUGAGGGGGCUUCUGGGAGAUGCAACAGAGGAGUUCAUUGAGUCUUUGGACUCAACUACAGAUGAAGAGGAGGAUGAUGAGGAGGUUUAUAAGAUGGCUGGAGUGAUGGCGCAGUGUGGAGGUCUGGAGUGCAUGUUGAACAGGCUCUCUGGAAUCAAAGAUUUCAAACAGGGCAGGCACCUUCUCACAGUUCUCCUCAAGUUAUUUAGUUAUUGUGUAAAAGUGAAAAUCAACAGACAGCAGCUGGUGAAACCGGAGAUGAACACACUGAAUGUUAUGUUGGGCACGUUGAAUCUGGCCUUGGUGGCAGAGCAGGAGAGCAAGGACAGUGGGGGAGCAUCCAUAGCAGAGCAGGUUCUUAGUAUUAUGGAGAUCAUCCUGGAUGAGGCCAAUGCUGAGACUGUGUCUGAAGACAAGGGUAACCUGCUGCUCACAGGUGAUAAGGACCAGCUGGUGAUGCUGCUGGAUCAGAUCAACACACUGUUUGUGCGCUCCAAUCCCAGCGUCCUACAGGGGCUGCUCCGCAUCAUCCCUUACCUGUCCUUCGGUGAACUUGAGAAGAUGCACAUCCUGGUCGAGCGCUUUAAACCUUGCUGCAACUUCGACAAGUAUGAUGAGGAGCACAGUGCAGAUGACAAGGUUUUUCUGGACUGCUUCUGUAAAAUAGCUGCUGGAAUCAAGAAUAAUAGUAAUGGCCAUCAACUGAAAGACCUCAUCUUACAGAAGGGCAUCACCCAGAGUGCUCUGGACUAUAUGAAGAAACAUAUCCCCUGUGCUAAGAACCUGGAUGCAGAUGUUUGGAAGAAGUUCCUUGCUCGACCAGCCCUUCCGUUCAUCCUUCGACUGCUGCGUGGUCUGGCCACCCAGCACCCACCUACACAGAUGCUAAUCGGAACAGAUUCAAUAACCAAUUUGCACAAACUGGAGCAGGUGUCCAGUGACGAGGGUAUCGGCACUUUAGCAGAAAAUCUUCUGGAGGCACUAAGGGAACAUGCAGAGGUUAACCUGAAGAUUGAUGCUGCACGAAGGGAGACUCGAGCAGAGAAGAAACGCAUGGCCAUGGCGAUGAGGCAGAAAGCUCUCGGCACACUGGGAAUGACAACGAAUGAGAAGGGUCAGGUGGUGACCAAGACGUCCCUGCUUAAACAGAUGGAGGAGCUCAUAGAAGAACCUGGGUUGACUUGCUGUAUUUGUAGAGAGGGCUACAAGUUUCAGCCUACCAAAGUUCUAGGCAUCUACACAUUUACAAAGCGUGUGCCCCUGGAGGAGUUUGAGAACAAACCCCGCAAGCAGCAGGGCUACAGCACUGUCUCACACUUCAACAUAGUCCACUAUGACUGUCACCUUGCUGCUGUCAGGCUUGCUAGAGGGCGUGAGGAAUGGGACAGUGCCGCACUACAAAAUGCCAACACAAAGUGCAAUGGGCUCCUACCAGUAUGGGGGCCACACGUACCUGAAUCUGCCUUCGCCACUUGCCUGGCAAGGCACAACACAUAUCUGCAAGAGUGCACAGGGCAAAGGGAACCCACGUACCAGCUCAACAUUCACGAUACCAAGCUGCUGUUCUUGCGCUUUGCUAUGGAGCAGUCUUUCAGCGUGGACACUGGAGGAGGAGGCCGCGAGAGCAACAUCCACCUCAUCCCUUACAUCAUUCAUACCGUUCUCUACGUCCUUAACACGACAAGGGCCACGUCACGGGAGGAGAAGAAUCUUCAGAGCUUCUUAGAGCAGCCGUGUGAAAAAUGGGUGGAGACUUCGUAUGAGGUGGACGGGCCACACUACUUUACCAUUUUGGCCAUGCACAUCCUGCCACCCGAGCGCUGGAGGGCUACUCGUGUGGACUUCCUGCGUAGGCUGCUAGUCACUUCUCAUGCCCGCAAGGUCUCACCAGGGGGUGCUAACAAGCUCACAGACAAAGCAGUAAAGGAGUACGCUGUUUACCGCUCACCGCUUCUCUUCUGGGGUCUGGUGGAUCUUGUCUAUGAUAUGUUCAGGAAAGUGCCCACCAGCAACACAGAGGGAGGCUGGUCCUUCUCGCUCGCAGAGUACAUAAGGCACAAUGACAUGCCCAUCUAUGAGGCUUCGGAAAGGGUGUUGAGGGCUUUCCAGGAUGAGCUCAUGCCUGCUGAAUCCUUCUCAGAGUUCCUGGAUGUCGUAGGUCUUCUGUCGGACAUCCCAGACCCUGACGCCUUUCUGCAGGACCUGUUGAACUCUGUGCCCUGAUGGCACACAUUUAUGCACCUCACUAAUGGACUCGUGACCGCUCUGUCCAGUGCAGGUGUUCCUUACGCACGGAGUCUGUCCGCUACCCGGACCCAGCUAUUGGCAACUCCAUAAGGACACCUUUCAAUCGGGGCUCAGGCUCCCAAAACUUCUAUCAGCUCGCAUACACACUCAUUCACCUUCACCUCUGCUCCUGAUCUCCGCGUGGGUUCAUUCAGUUAUAACUCUCUCCUAAACAAGAAAGUGACGUGUAGCCUGACGAGUUAAUGCGCAUUUAUUCUACAAUGGUUUUGUAACACCUAAUACACACAAACACACCAUGGCGUUUCGAUUCGACGUGUUGCAGGUAAUCUGGUUGGGAAUUAUUUCAUAAACAACCUUAAUGGCUUUUAUUUUUCCCGUUUUGAUUUUUUUUUUUUUUUUUUUUGAUUCAAAUUGGCUAAGAGUUACAGAUUCAUUCAAGAACUAAUCUCUCGUUGUCUUGUUCUAUGUUUCUGGAUUUUUUUUUGUUUUGUUUUGUUUUUUUGCAGUGGUGUUCUAUGAAUUGUUUGCAGUUUGUGAGAAAGGCAAGGCCUGACAGUAGUUCUGUGAUGCAAUGCAAAUGUGUGAUGAUCGUUUUCCACGUGUAAAUGGUUGAAGUGUGAGAUGAAAGCUUGUUUAAUGUGUUAUUCCCAAGAAAUGGAAAUACCUUCUGAUUUGUAAAGGGUUUUACCUGCAUCAACAAUGAAACAAAGAUAAAGAAUAAAAAGGGCCUGCAUAUUUAUUUUGGGAGGCUUUUUCCACUGUUUUUCUGGUUGGGUUUUUGUGUUUUGAUCAAAAUCAUGAUACUAAAUUUCUUUUUCGUUUUGUCUUCCAUGUGACCGUAAUUCACACCGUAAUAAUAUUCCGAAGAUUAAAGAUUUUCCCCAGAGCAAGUUGUGUCUCUGGUAAGCAAGGUGCCACUGAGAGAAGAGUCUCAGUGAUUUUAAGUUUAUUCUUACGAUAUAAACACACACCUGCGAUAAGGUGUUCUUGAGCUGAAUGCAUGGUGUGAAGUUUGUUUUAAAAAAGAAAACAAGAAAAACCCAGUUAGUGUUUAUUCGCCUAUUCCCGCUGCUACAAUGUUCAACUGUUGCUGAAUGUCUGCUUUUUGAAUUAGCUCAACUUAAUAAAGGUGUAAGAAUACCA